AAUAAUUCUGAUAAAACCAUGGAGUACAGUCAUCUUGGUUUACUGUUGAUGUUAAUCGACUUAACAGGGAACCUAGAAAGCCCGUUUGUGCGAGACGAUAUGCGAAAUGAUGCUUUGACUGGCGUGUUUCCAGCAGUGAGUGCUGAACCUAACAGCGUAGAAGCUUUGAAAUUCGCAGGGUUUGACCUUUUGACAUUGGCAAACAAUCAUCUCAACGACUACAAAACAAAGCCAGUCAAUUUCACAGUAGAGAUAUUGAAGAAUAAUGGAAUUCUGCCAUUUGGGUAUAAUUAUGGCAGUCUUGAGAACGAAAAACCACAAAAUCCAGCAACAGUUGAGGUUAAUGGUAUCAAGAUCGGCUUUCUUGGAUACUGUAAAACGUUUUUAGUUAAAAAACCGAAGCCCACCGACAAAAAUUUCUGUAACUGCAACCAGAAACGAAGAGGUCUGGACGCUGGUCCAGCUAUUUAUGAAAAGGAAGCUGUAACACGAGAUGUAAAGGAUCUUAAGUCAAAAGUGGAUGUCAUAGUUGUCUUCAUGCAYUGGGGUGUUCAGUACCUAACCGAGCCAACCGAACUACAACGACAUCAAGAAGCACAUCUAAAGUCCCUUGGUGUCCAUGCUAUCAUUGGAAGUCAUCCCCAUGUCCUUGAAGGUCACAGUCUUAAACAACACAGCCUGGUUGCAUACAGUUUGGGAAACUUCUUGUUUGGACCGAAAAAUAAAAAUUGGUGGUUCUACGACAAUAAAAAUCCAUCUAAGAAGAAAGUAAAGGAGUUUGAACACUACGUAGCAACAGAAGGAAAAAGUGACAUCUCUUUAACAUCGCGUAUUCUGCGUGUGGAAAUUAACAAGAAAGGAGUAACUCGCGCUGCUUACCUUCCUCUACGAAUCAUACAGAACCAAGAGACCAAGUGCUUUCAAACUGCACCAGAAAAGGAUGCCAAGUGGAUAAGAGUUUGCGAAGAUGGAGAUGAAGACUGCUUAAACGAAACUUAAUAGUUGGUAGCUUUAUAGUAGAUGCCGAAAAAAUAGUACGUAAAUCACUUUGCACGUGAAAUAGUCUCAUAGUAUUAUACAGAAGAUUAGAUAUCAAAUUAAACCUUCUUGAAAAGUAUGUGUAACUACAAAUAUAUUAUCAAAUUAUUGCUAUGCAGUUUAGCAGAACGAUUUCCAGUCCUAGAGACGAGAAAUAUUAAUGGACAUUGCUAAUGCAUUUGGACACAGCGAUGAGUGGACUAAUGCUCGAAGAUCCGGAACUAUUCUGCCAAAUUCAAGGUCGAGCACUCUAAGUUAUAAGCUUAUUCUCUCCUUCAAGKAACAUACAUCUAUGUGACAGAAAUAAUGGUCAAAAUAGGCAUAAAAAG